AGUGCAUUAGAAAGAUUUGGGGAGGGAGUGCACCUCACUGUUACCAUAGGAGGUAGAAGGAACCUUGGAGUCUGCCUUGACCCUGAAAACAAAUCUCCCCCCCCCCCCAAGUAGCUGACAGGUGGUCAUCCAACCUUUGCCUGAGGGAGCACCCGCUCGAACCCACGCCAGUUUGUUUCUUGUGAUCAGAUAGAAAAUGCCAGAGUCAGAGGCUGCCCCUGCUGCUCCUGAGUGCCUGCCUCUUAACGUUCUGAGGUCUUGGUGGGGGUGGAGUCAAGCUGGCCUACAUCCAGUUCUGCCAGGAGCCUCUUCUCCUGGACUUGAGCCCUCCUCCAUGACCAGGCCUACUGCUACCUCCAUUGAGUGACAAGGCCACGUGCAUAUCUUUGCCCUCUAAGCUAAAGAUAGGCAUUGGGCCUUCCAGAAGGCCAUAACUCUCAGUUUAGUAAGAGGUACUUGCAUGUUAGGUGGCCAGGCCUCUGAAAAGACUAUUCUGCCACAAAGUGCCUUCCACCACUUCCCCCACCCUUGCCAUGUCUGUGCUCUGCUUUAAUAAAGGCUGUGGGCAGCACUUCGACCCAGAUAUCAACCUCCCAGAUGGCUGUCGCCACCACCCUGGGGUGCCCAUCUUCCAUGAUGCCCUUAAGGGUUGGUCCUGUUGCCAUAAGCGAACAACAGAUUUCUCAGAAUUCCUAAGCAUCCAGGGCUGUACCCUGGGACCACACUGUGCUGAGAAGCCUCUAAGUGCCCUGCGGGGGCCCAAGCAUUUGGACACCAUCCCGAAGUCAGCAGAGACACUUCGCCGGGAAAGGCCUAAGGAAGAGCUGAACCUGUACCUCCUGCCACUAAGUGUAUCUCAUGCCUUGGAGACUGCCCUGGAACAGAAGGAGCUUGUCCUCGGGGACCCUGAGCCUGGAGCAGGACUCCCCAACACUGUGGUUCAUCCUGGCUCCAUCUGCCAGAACCCAGGAUGUGGUACCGUGUUCCAAGGCUCUGAGAGUGAUGCUAGCCCCUGCAGCUUCCAUCCGGGAGGGCCUCGAUUCCAUGAGGGGAUGAAAUCUUGGAGCUGCUGUGGCGUAACAACCAUGGAUUUUAGUAUGUUCCUGGCACAGCCAGGAUGCAGCCUUGGUAGACAUGUCUGGCAGAAGCAGCGAUGGGUCUCCUGCCGCUAUGACUGGCACCAGACAGCCUCUGUAGUCGUGGUGACUGUGUAUGGCCAGGGCCCAUUGCCUGCACUCAGCUGGGUGAAGGCCAGUCCGACCAAGCUUCAUAUCUACAUAUCUUUUGAGGGUAACCGGGUCUUCCAGGAACAAAUGGAGCUCUGGGGGGUCAUAACUGUGGAGCAGAGUUCUGUCUCCCUCAUGCUGUCCCGGGCAGAGAUAACCCUGAGCAAGGCUGACCCAGGGCCUUGGGCCCAGUUGGAGCAGCCAGGCACAGGGAUGCCGGCUGAGAAGGUUGGGGAGGAUGUUGGGUCUGGGAUGAUUGGAGAGGAACGUGAGGAUUCAGAUGACAAUUUGAGCUGGACAGAGGAAGAGGAGGAAGAGGUUGAGGGAGAGUGACCACGUGAUAGGUACUUUGACAGAAGCUUAGUGGCUCCCCUAGGACACUGGAAUCAGGGGCAUGGUCAGUGGCAUGCUGGUAUUGGGCAUUGAACUGUAGGACAGAGAGGAAAACCUAAGAAGGGGCCUUCCCAUGCUGUUACUGUGCUCAAAGAAAUUUCAUGGUCCUCAGAUCACACUGUGUCAUUCUCUUGCUCUUUCCUCAAUCCAA